AUGAGGAGCGCCCUUCGCUGGUUCAACCCAACAAGUACCGAGGACCCAAGGGACCCGUCGACCCGGUCCACCGCCGCCGCCGCCCACAACAGCGAACCCAGGCGCACGCCCAGCAGAAGUGACUGCGCCAGCGCCGAUAAUAUUAGUUAUCGUGCGUCGGCUUCCUCUUUCACCACUACAACACCACCACCACCUUCUGCCUCCGACAACAUCUUCGCCUCUCCUUCACCAGGUUCUUCCAACUCGUCAUCCCGCACUCCAAACUCUCCUUCCUCGCAACCCCUCACACCCACCGACCCCUUUGACGUUCGUGAUUCCCGCGCAGGCCUCUGGUCCACCAAGCCAAUCACCAUCGCCACACCCACAAGCACGAGGGACCCUUCAUCCACCUCCCCCUCAGGCCCCGCAAAGUCCAGCUUCGACAGAAACCCCUUUGCUCUCCCCGACGAGCUUCUCGACUUUGCUCCCAUCUCAACCAAGAGUAUCGAUAUGACCACUGGCCCAGCCAUGGAUUCGGCCAUGGGUCGGAGUCGCCAGGACUCCUUUGUCAGCGCUGGUCCUAAGCCAAUUUCUAUGGCCAACCCCAACCGCGACCAUGUCAACCGCCAGAGACGAGAGAGUCUCGCUGGCAGCCUCAUGGGUGCUGGCGCGAGCUGGGGAGGAAUGUCAUUCGGCAGCUUUAUUCGCGAUGACAUCGCCAUGGCAGGCACGUCACCAUUCGCACACCAAGCCUCGCCAUCCUUCCACUCCGGUUCCUACUUGCCCAAGCUUGAGGCGAGUUUUAUGAAGGAUUUCACUUGUUGUGGUUUGAACUUGCCGAACCUUCACGAUCUGUUACAGCAUUAUGAAGAGUCUCACACCCAACCCAGUCCGAACACUGCGCGCAAUGCGCCCUUUUCUUCCCAGUUUGCCGCGAUACCCACACAACCCUCAUCCAGAGCUAGCAGCGCAAGACCACAGACUCAGCAACAAAACACCACUUCAAUGUCACAGCUUGGACAACCAAGCCGUCCAGGUUCCAACCUUGGCGGAGGCAUGGGAGGUUUGGGGAUGCAGCUUGGUCAGCAAAAUAUGGCAGGACAACAGCAUGCACAAAUGUCGCAAUUCGACGAGAUGGACGCCGUCGGUGACAUGGAGAUGGACGAUGCUUUGGGAACCAUGGAGAUGGACGAUAGCCAGAGAACCAUGUCCCAAACUCGGCAAAUGUUUGGCCAGCAACAGCGACCUCAGUUGCACGUCAACGCCUCGGGUCUCACUCAAGGACUGCGGACAUCCCAGCCACCAACGCCUGCAGCCGCCAGCUUUGGGCUGCAGCACAACCCCACGGUAUCAUCUGUAAAUACUCCGACCCUUACCACCCAGCAAACGCCACAGCAACAGCGUCCCAACAACGGUUUCCAGAACUCCCCAAUGCAGCCCAUGGACGAUAUGGACGACAUGGACGAUGACCUGCCAGGCAUGCCUAUGGGUGGCAACAUGGAGCUUAACGGGUCCAACUUUGGGGAUGUGAGCUUCGGAAACUCUGCCUCCGAGUUCUGCAUCAACGAUCCCGGCAAACACCUGUUCAGCCCCGGAGGCGCUCUCACCAACCAGCAGCGGGCAAUUCAGGCACAUCUCAUUGGAAUGGGUUUCGAUCCUAGCCAGCCCAACAGCGCGGCGAACAAGGCUCUAAUCCAAAAGUUUGGCGCAAUGAUGAUUCCAGAGGAACACAAGCCUUUCAAAUGCCCCGUCAUCGGCUGCGAAAAGGCGUACAAGAACCAGAACGGUCUCAAGGUCCAAAUCAGGUACCACAAGACACACGGGCACCAAACGCAGCAGCUACACGAAAACGGUGAUGGCACUUUCUCCAUCGUCAACCCUGAAACGAGCACCCCUUAUCCCGGUACUCUGGGUAUGGAAAAGGAGAAGCCUUUCUCAUGUGACGUCUGCGGAAAGCGCUACAAGAACCUCAACGGUCUCAAAUACCACAAGGGACAUUCCGCACCUUGCAAUCCCGAUUUUAAGUUCUUAGCUGCAGGACUCAACAAUCUCGCUAGCCUGCCGGGUCUCAUGGAGAAUUCGAUGACCAACCUGCCGGGAAUCGGCGAAGACCAGAUGAUGUAA